AUGGUCCGUUACGCCGCAGACACAAUCCCCAACGCAAAGAGCGCCCGCGCUCGGGGCUCUUACCUCCGCGUUAGCUUCAAGAACACCCGCGAGACUGCCCAGGCGAUCAACGGAUGGAAGUUGCAGCGUGCUCUCGUCUACCUCGAGAAUGUCAUCAAUCACAAGGAGGCCGUUCCCAUGCGCCGAUAUGCCGGUUCCAUCGGUCGCACUGCCCAGGGCAAGGCAUUCGGUGUCUCCAAGGCUCGCUGGCCCGUCAAGUCCGCUGAGCAGUUGCUCGGUCUGUUGAAGAACGCCGAGGCCAACGCCGACACCAAGGGUCUUGACACCAGCAACCUCGUCGUCAAGCACAUUCAGGUCAACCAGGCCCCCAAGGGUCGCAGACGUACCUACCGUGCUCACGGUCGUAUCAACCCUUACAUGACCAACCCUUGCCACAUCGAGCUCAUCCUCACUGAGGCCGAUGAGGUUGUCCAGAAGGCUCCUCACGCCAUCGCCAAAGAGUCUGCCCGUCUCACCUCCCGUCAACGCGGUGCCCAGAUCCGCCGUGCUAUCACCGAAGCUUAA